AGUUGCAGUUACUGAAACCCUAACAUGGAGGAAUUAGCGGACUUUAAUAAAACAAAUUCCCAUUGGGAUGAACACGAAAAACUGAUUCACGAAUGGUUCAUUAUGCGUUCACCAAUUCCUUUGGCAGCAAUAAUGAGCUGCUAUUGGAUAUUUGUGUUGAAACUCGGACCAAUGUACAUGAAGAAGAAAGAACCUUUACACGUCAAGAAAUAUCUGGUCGCGUACAAUAUUUUCCAAGUUUUAUUUUCCCUUUAUACAACUUGUAAAGCACUAUACGUUCUGCGAACGUAUAGCCUUUUCCCGUCAAUAUGUCCAGGUGAUCCCAAGGAAUUAAGAAUUUUGCUAACAAGAGGUUGUUAUAUAUACCUGAUAGCGAAACUCUCCGAGCUGUUCGACACAAUUUUCUUCGUUUUAAAGAAGAAUAAACGUCAGAUAACAUUCCUACAUGUUUACCAUCACUCGAUAACAAUAAUCAUGGCGUGGAUCGCGAUUAAGAUAGAUUCUGUGAACCCGAGUGGGGCUUUCAUAGUGGCUUUGAACGGGAUUGUCCAUAUUGUUAUGUACACUUAUUACGGGCUAUCGGCGUUUCCCAGCAUGACGAAACAUUUAUGGUGGAAGAAGUAUAUUACCACCCUUCAACUGGUUCAAUUUUGUGUGAUUAUAUUACACCAUUUCGUGUCAUACAAGAUUGCAAGAUGCAACGAGUUUAAUAUUAUCUUUGUGGCGGUCAUCUUUCAUUUGUUCCUGUUUGUGUACCUGUUCUUGAACUUUUAUAUAAAAACAUAUACAAAUAGACAAAAAACAUCUUAUAUAGGAAGUAAAGCUAAAUGUAAUGAUAGUAAAAAAAUAAAACAAAACUGAA